ACAUAAUUGAAAUAAUUCUUCAUUUAGUCAUUUCAUUCGUAGCCAUCCAGUAUUUUUGUAUAGAUAGGGUUUCCUUUUUCCUUCCAAGAAAUUUCUGCUUAAACCCUUCUCUCUCUUUAUUCCGUCCACAGAAAUGAGCAAAACUCACCCACAUUGUCGACGUGACAUCACGUGGAUUUUACUCUUUCUGCUUCUUGCUCUUCUUCUUCCGUGUGUGGUUGAUGGUGACGGCGAUGGCGAUCAGUGUAAAUGCAAAAGCGAUAAAGAAGAAGGUGGAGAAAAGAUUGACAAGAAUUUGGCCAAGAAGUACAAAAUCGGAGCUCUUGUUUCGAUUCUGGUUGCAAGUGCAGUUGGCGUCAGCCUUCCAAUGCUCAGCAGAAUUUUACCCGCCUUGCAUCCGGAGAAGGACUUCUUCUUCAUGGUGAAGGCCUUCGCGGCUGGGGUCAUAUUAUCAACCGGUUUCAUUCAUGUUUUGCCAGAUGCUUUUGAAAAGCUGACACCUCCCAGUCUCUGUAAUCAUCCCUGGGACGAUUUUCCGUUCGCCGGAUUUGUGGCAAUGGUGGCAGCCAUCGGAACGCUUAUGGUUGAUUCUCUUGCGACUGCGUAUUUUAAAAAGUCCUCGCUAAGCGCCAUGGACCGAGUUGCUGACGAAGAAGAUCUGCAUGAACAUAAUCGCCAUGCAACUCAUCAUUCUCAUUCUCAUUCUCACGCUUCCAUGUCUUCUCCUUCCACGAACCUACUUCGCCAUCGCGUUAUUUCUCAGGUGCUGGAGCUGGGGAUUGUGGUGCAUUCUGUGAUAAUAGGGAUAUCUCUGGGUGCAUCUGAAGAUCCUAAAACGAUAAGACCUCUUAUUGCUGCUUUAACUUUUCACCAAUUUUUUGAAGGCAUGGGGCUUGGUGGUUCCAUCUCACAGGCAAAUUUUAAGAGAGGAGCAAUUAUAGUUAUGGCGUUAUUCUUUUCGUUGACAACACCUGUGGGGAUUGCAAUUGGUAUGAUAAUCAGUGGCAAUUACAAGGAGGAGAGUCCAACGGCUCUGAUCGUAGAAGGUAUUCUUAACGCAGCAUCAGCAGGUAUCUUAAUUUACAUGUCAUUGGUGGACCUUCUUGCGCCUGAUUUAAUGAAUCCAAAGAUCCAAGCAAGUAGCAAGCUUCAUAUUGGAGUUAACACAUCUUUGCUUAUUGGGGCUGGGUGCAUGUCACUUCUUGCAAAAUGGGCCUAGGCCCACUCUUGUAUAUAAUAUACCUUUCUUUCUACUUGUAUUUUCAUACUUCAUCUCUUCUUGUAAUGUUCAUAUUUUACAACAAUGUGAUUAUGAUGUCAAUAUUUUGUUGUCAAAUACAGU